UGCCACCUGUCAGUGCCCAUCAGUGCCACCCAUCAGUGCCAGUCAGUGCCACCUAUCAAUGCCAAUCAGUGCCACCUAUCAGUGCUGCCAAUCAGUGCCACCUAUCAAUGCCAGUCAGUGUCGACUAUCAGUGCGCAUCAGUGCCAGUCAGUGCCGCCUAUCAGUGCCAGUCAGUGCCGCCUAACAGUGCCAGUGAGUGCCGCCUAUCAGUGCCAGUCAGUGCUACCUAUCAGUGCCGCCUAUCAGUGCCAUAUAUCAGUGUCAUUUAUCAGUGCUGCCUUUCAGUGCCCAUCA